AUGUUCCGUUCACUACUGGCCAUCACUGGCAGACGCCCGAAAUACAUAUUUCCUGAAGUGGAUCCGAAAGUCGACGGAGACGACUGCCGCGCCGACUGCAAUGAUUGCACCGUCAAAUGUCCUCAGAAUGUCAAGAUUGAUACCACUCUUCCGAUGUACGGAUUCAUCAAAGAAUUCCAUGCACACAUACUGGUUGCGACAGGGAAAACAGAUUGGAUCCGAAAGGUUGAACAAGAGAAUGGAAGUUUAAUGGAGGCGUUCAAAUCGGACGCCAAGUCUAAGCAUGGUCGUCUUAUGAUCUCCGCGUCCAACCUUACUCCACCGAGUGGAGAAGUACCCGACACCGCCAAGACAACAAUCCUCCUACUACCUUCCUUUACCUUUGUGGAUGACAUCUCUUACUCAGAUGCCCAGCACGUGGUCGACACGUUCAUCGAUGUGCCACUGGGUAAUCCAACUCAGUCCAUCAGCAGUCCACGAUUGAAUUCCCGACCAUGUCCACACGACUACGUAGUCCUGCUAUGCUCACACAAGCGGCGAGAUGCGCGCUGUGGAAUUACGGCACCGUUGAUAAAAAAGGAGAUGGAGCGACAUCUGCGCAAACAUGAUCUUUACCGGGAUAUGGAUGAUGAACGACCUGGAGGUGUGGGCAUUUAUUUCGUCUCCCACGUUGGGGGACAUAAGUUCUCCGCAAAUGUAUUGAUUUACCGGAAAAAAGAACAGCAGAUGAUCUGGCUGGCCAGGAUCAAGCCGGAGCAUUGUGAGGGAAUUGUGAAUUACACAAUUCUGGAAGGGAAGGUUGUUCAUCCAGAUUCACAGCUUAGAGGUGGGUUUGACAAAGUUAAGGGGUUGACAAGCUGGUGA